AAGGGAGGGUUAACCAGGCAGCAUCUCCUCCCUCUUUGCGGCCUAACGGUGACGGACCCAGGUGACAGUUCACCGUGCAGACCCCGGGCAUCUUCUGAGGAUUGUGGAACGUAGCGGGGUGGGGCCCCUCUGAUGCGCAUCAGAAAGCCGAUCCAGACCGCGAAUGCAAUGGGCUCCUCACAGCAAAUUCAGUCUAUUUCAGUUUAAAUUAUAGUAGCUGUGUAGAACUAGUAGCCUACAACGGACUUUCCUCAUUUGUAUUAUAAGGCUCUUCAAUUUCUUACCAUCCAGCAAGCAUCGUUUUUCUAUUCUGAAAAAUAGAGACAUAGGUAGACACGUACAUUUUUCUGACUGGACAGAAUUUGAGUGUGCGCAGGGAGCAUCAUUUUCCCGUCUCUGGUCCGUGAGUAGGACGUUCAUCCAGGCCUCUCUCAUCAGUAGCUUAACACUUUGAUUCAGAUUUUAAGUGCAUAGGUUAUUAUAUAUCCAUCGUUGAUUAUGGCCUGGCCGUGCAUCACACGGGCUUGCUGCAUUAACCGCUUCUGGAGUGAGUUAGACAAAGCGGACAUCGCUGUGCCUUUGGUUUUCACGAAAUAUUCGGAUGUGGCUGAGGUGCAGCAUCUCCACCCUCAGCCACCAUCUAGACAGACGAGGACCGGCCCCAUCACCAUAGAAACCCAGCCUUCUCACAGUGAACAGGAGGCGGCGGCGGUAAGGGCACCGCCCGCGACUGGUGCCGCAUCAGGAAAACAUGGCUGUAGUGCGUCUGUGAUGCGCCAGGAUUUCAGGGAAUGGAAAGAUAUACGCCCGGAGCCCAGCUGCAAACCCAAGAAUGAAUAUCACCCCUCCGCGACACCUUUCCACAACGUAACACAGUAUCAGAAGGAUUAUAAACCAUGGCCUGUCCCGAAAAAGGGAGACCACCCCUGGAUCCCCAAACCCAGCCCAACUGCCUCCUUCGAUGCCCAAGAACGGGGCGUGGGGACCACAACGAAGCAUGCAACUACAGAGCACGAGAGCGGUGUGGAGAAGAGUGAAAUUGAAGAAAAGGUGCAAGAGAAAGUAUCCAAAGAGAGGAAAAAGAAAACAGCGAAGAAGGAGAAAACUGUAGAAAAGAAAGUGAGUGCCAAAAUGGAGGGACAGCCACCGGCAGAUGUCACUGUGGAGGGGAAAGGAAGGGCAGCAGCAGACGCGCUGAACAGACAGAUAAAACAUGUCGUCUCAACUGGCACUGGCAGCUCUUAUAGAAAUGAGUUCAAGGCGUACAAAGAUGUGAAGCCAGUGAAGUCAACCAAGCCCCAGUCUCAGUACAAACCUCCUGCGGAUGACAAGGACAAGUCCAGCCUGGAGACCAGCUACAGCGCCACCUACAAGGGAGAGCAGACCAAGGUGCAGCCCACUGACAACAAGCUGCUGGAGCGCAGGAGGAUACGCAGCCUGUACAACGAGCCGGGUGGCAAGGAGACCACCAAGGUGGACAAGACAAAAACCAAACCAAAAAAGACAACGACAACGAGCAAAAUGGUGAAAAAGGUGAAAGAGAAGACCAUCGCUGGUGCACUGUCAACCAAGAAGAAAACCUCCACGAGCACCAAGCCAGACGAGUGCAAGCCAGAGGGAGGCGUUAUUUCAAAAAAGAGCAAAGAGAUAAGCAACAGACUGGCUGAGGCAAAAAAGUAAAAACAAAUCAUCUCUGCACUACUUUACUUAGGGAAUUAAAGGCUGCCUAAUGAAUUAGAGGACUCUCAUCCAUUUGGUCUAUCUCUUUCUCUCUGUAUUUUCCUUCAUGUUCCUCAUCUCUAUGUAUACGCACUAGAUGUGGAGCUUUUAAGUUGACAUUUUGAUGUUUUCACCAUGCUGUCAUUUAACUAUAGUGCUUUGUGCGUGUCUGUGUGAUCGCGGGUGUGUGUGUGUGAGUGUGCACUUACUCUCUCUGUUAUAAGUUUAGCACAUAUUUUGCACAUUAUUUUGGUGCAUUUGUCAAUCUUUUGUAGAAAGAAAACCAUUGUAAAACAGAGAGUCAUUGAUACACAGUAUAUGUAGAGAACCGUUAUUGGCUCUUAAAUGGCAAUUGAAGGCAGUGAGGUUUUGAUUAUUUAUCUGACUAUAUCCUCAUAGUGAUAGUCUCUGUUCUUAUUUUCCAUCUCUUAGACUGCAUUGACUAUCUGGUCUCUGCAGAUAUAAAAUCUUAAUUACUGUAGCGUUUCCUGGUUACAGUGACUCCACUCUUUGAACCUAGAUUUCAUUUAAUUAUUCAGGAAGAUAUCUGGUUUCAUCAAUUUGGUUGCUAAGGAACCAGCUGAACUGUAAUGUCAUUUCUACAGCUUGCAUGCAAGGCCCUCUUUCUGGUUGUAUAGUCGCAUUCAAAUAUACUAUUCCCAUGGUCACAAUCUAGUUUGUAAUUUAAAUCAUUAAUGAGAAAUCAAAGGGGGCAAACCAUUUCCAGAAUAACUGCAUGUGUAGUGAUAGUCUGAUCUCAUACCAUAAGUGUCUACACAAACAAACAACAAAACUGUCACUGACUUACAGUACAAAAGAUGCACGUAGUAUUCUAGUGCCUAUUGAAGCUGUUAUGUCAACCCACCAGCUUUGUAGUUCUGCCUUCACACACAUGGUUCUACUGCCUUCUUCAAUGUGAGAACCACUUUGUCAACUUUCCAGUUAUUUGAUACAGUAUGAAAACGGAUGUAUUUCUGAUAAUACACCCCUCUUUAAUUAUAUGUCGUUAUUUUAUCCAUUACAAAGCUGUGAUGCUAUUUGUGUGCAAAACCAUGUAUAAUGUUAAAAAUGAGCAUAUGUAUGAUAUAGGAAAUAGGAUUUUGUAUUUACUCAAUCACCUCCACUUUCUUCAAUGGGCUCAGUAGUUACGUGUAAAAAGAUAAGGAGUGGGCCAGGAUUAGAAGAUCAAAAUCGCUUUUUGGAACAUGCAGCUGCCUGUCUGGAACCAUUGAUAUCAGAUCAAUUCACAGUGAAUGUGAGUGCUACUCUCACCCUGUCUCUCUUAUGUACCUGCAGUCCGCCAGUGUGUUACAGUAUGUGGCAGUCCUCCUCCCAUAUGCUGUUGUGCAUCUGCUACUGUCUAUUGUAUCCCAGACCACCCUGCUCUCUGCUGCCUGUCAGGGUUCAGUGUGUUAGACCUCCGCAGCCCACCUGCUCCUAGCGCCUGCCCCCCAGUACUAACGUGUUGAGCACACCACACCUCGGUGCUAUGACACUUUGAACUAUAUGCUGUCAGUUUGAUGCUAAUGUACUCAAACCGUGUGAAAUGAUGACAAUAUGUCAUAUACUCCAGAUGUGUUGUGAUUGUGUGCUUGUAUUCUCAGCUUGCUCUGAAUGAACUGAUUAAAAAUGUUGAAGCAGAA